UCCCUCUCUUCACUGCAGUUGUCAUCCUCAGCACCAGAGCAACCACUGCUGGCACUCUCAUAAAACCAAGUGCAGUGGAAAACUCACUGUGUUUGAUCACAGCAGAUUGUUACCAAGCAGUCAACGCCUUCAAUGGGCAGGGGGCCCUCCUGCGGAUCAACCCAAUACAGACACUCACCCUCUCCAGGAGUGUUUUCUCUGAGUGUUUUCUCCUGAUGCUGAGCUGCACCGAUGAUGGAGCUGUCGUGUGAGUCCGUCAGAUAUCCAGGGGACAGAAGACCGGUCAGUUGCAAGUUUGUGGAGCUCCAUGUGCUCUAUGUGCCAGACGACCAGUGGAACGUGAAGCUCAAUAAAGUACCAGCUGAAGCCAUCGAGAGCUUCAUAUCUGCAGGCUUCAUCAGAGUUUAUCCAGAUGUCACCCUGAAAAGUCUGAGGAGCGAUCUGGGCGCUCUGCUUGGCACCGAGAGGAGCAUCAACAAAUUCUCCUUCCUGAAAUGUGUGGGCCGCAGUCUUGCACUGGUUAAAAGCAAACAGGAGAAGGAUCUGAAAGUGAAAACAUUUGCUCCACCGUAUGCCCCACAGCCGGAGCUUUACCUGCUGUCCACCGUGGAGAACAGCAGCAGCGUUUGUUCCCUCAGCCUGGACACCAGCAGCAGCUCCCCGGACCCCCCCAACUAUCACCACCCUCCCAAGACAUGCAGCCUGCCAACCAGGACAAAGGAGGCUGUGAAAUUCCCGCUCAUCCCCCAGUGUUCCCAUCAGCCACCUCCCACCCCAAGCCUGGAAGAAGAGGAGGAGGAGGACGAAGAAGAAGAAGAAGAAGAAGAAGAACAUAGCUACAGUUCUUCAGAGGGAGAUGAAGAACAUGAAGAGGAGGCUCUGUCGUCCAUCAAGCCUGAGUGUACAGAGCAGUGCUGUCCAAGCAAGGCUCAGAGUCAAAGAGUAAAGCAGCCUGUGUCACUGAGAAAAGCUCUUUGUUUGACAGUUUCACAGCGACGUGAGGCUGAUUCAGCUCAGGCGAGGGAGCCGCCAGAAAAAGAAGAAACCUGCAGGAAGAAGAAACAGUACCAGAGAAAAGUGGCCAGAGAUUCAGGAGUGGCAGAGUCGCUGGAGGACGGAGAUUCAGGCUUCCUGUUCACAGACGGGGUUGGGAAAUCAAAAGAUGCACGCACGCUUAAAUCAUCGAGUGGGGCGACAGAAAGUCCUGCUGUGUCGUCCCGGCCCGUCCGCUGCUCCUCUCCGCCUCCAGGUCUGCACAUGGCCUUGCUGACCCAUAAACCUGCUGCUCCCCCAGUCCUCCAGACGAACAGAGAGGAGCUGAUCGAGGAGAUCAAGCUGGUGAGGGAGGAAAGGAGGCAGCUGGAGUGGACGAGGCAGGAGCUGCUAAGAAAGGGCAAAGAUUUACUGGCCCAGAACAGACACAGGAGGAACCAAGCCCGAGACAGUUGGAAAAAGAAAUAUUUUGAAACCAAGAAGGCCACAGCACCACUGGAGGACAGCCUGAGAAAGGUGCGACAGGAGCUGGAGACAUUUUACAACAAACUCUUGCACCAGCUCCAGGCCAGAGAUAACAGAGGGAAGCCAAGACGACAAGGCAGAUCCUCCAUCAAGAAUGAGCUCAUCAUUCAGAUCAUGACAGAGAGUCAUGAGAUUGACAACCUGAAGCGGAACGUAGAAGAUGCCAAGAUGAAGCUGGUGACGGAGAUAAAGUUGAGGAAACAGGCUGCCACAGAGCUGAGGGCCCUGAAGGCCGAACUGGCCCAGAAGAAAAGCCAGUCGUCUCAUCUUGGCUUCGGGAAUACGACACGGGAGAGACCACAAGUUCAAAACACCUCCAUCUAAAUCACUGUAUACAGGGAUGACUGAUGCCGUCUGUGCUUCACUCUGCUGAGACAGAUUGAUUUUAUAUGUUUGAGUUCAUGCAGUUGAAUUUUCUAUUUGUCGACUGUUACAUACCUGAGUUACUCGUUCACAGUGUUAUUAUUGUCAUUUUUCUCAGGUCCUUUAGCUCGUUGCUAAUGUAAAGUUUAUUCCUUUGGCACAUUUCAACAAAGCAAUUGAAAGAAUUGAAGUCCAUUUUAAAAAGCAGUACAACUGAAAUGAAAAUGAGCUAAAUAGCGAAUAAAUAA